AUGACCUCACCUCCGGGCCUCUUGGAAACGAUCAUCACAGAAACGGACAGCGACCCAUGCCAGGACACUCAUCGCACAGAUAAUCUCCCGCCACGAAACAACCGACAGCCCAUCCUCCCCCCACUGCCGCAACGGUCUUCCGCAUUAGCACGCUCUUCGUCGCCUCGCCACCACGCCUCGACAGCAUCUUCGCAUUCAUCCGCAAGAAGUCCGCUGCGGGCGGGAAACGUGCCGGCAUUAUCAAACUCUCCGUCGACUCCCCGUCGCCAACGACAGCAAUCGCCGUCGUCCUACCGACCACCUUCCUUUCGCCGCAUCACCACCAACGUUGUCGCACCCACUUACUGGGGCGAAGACACCACAACUAGUAGCGACAACGACGAGCACAGCAACGACAGCGACGACCUUUUUCUGGGCAUAUUCGCCGACAACGACUUUUCGUCCCCGUCCACCUACCCUCCAUUCACGUCCAACCCAGCCGCCAGCGAGGCACCACAGCCAGACCAGGCUGCAUUUCAGCCUCAGCCCGCGGCUCCCACCACCAAUCCUUGUUCGGAGGCGGCUCCCCUCCGCCAAGUGUCAGCCUGCACUCGGACACUUGCGGCACCUUCACGCUCUACAACGCAGCUCAGUUCUUCCGGCCUUGGAGAAUCACAGAACACUUCGUUCACCACGGACAACGGCGAGGAUUCAGCAACAUCACAAAGCUCCUAUCCCUCCUUCUCGGACAAGAUGCCGCCGCCACCGCCUCGAUUUCAGCAUAUCCUCAACGAUACCGACCCGCCGCCAAUCGAUAAACGCAUGAGGACGUCGCAGCAAAGUUCCGGUGCCGUAAACAGCGCGUCCGUGGGCUCGUUAGCCAUGCCGUCAGCACCCUUGGACGACGACGACGACGACGACUUGUUUGGAGAGAAUCUCACCACCCAAGGCUCAGAAAUAGUCGACGGCGAAGAGCUCACGACGAUAGACCUGACCGAGGCCAACAAGGUUCCGGAAGAAUUGAAGAAGCCGCAACAAGAUAAUCGCAUCAAGAUAUCCAAGUUUCAGUGUGUCAUCUGCAUGGACGAUGUCACAACCCUCACUGUCACCCACUGCGGCAAGUCUUCACCUUGA